ACGCGGUUAAAUUAAAUAAAAACCUAUGACAAUUUGAGUUUACAACAAUUGGAGGUUUAAAAGUAAUGAGCUAUAGGCAGAUAACACCCAUUUCAUCUAAUAAUUGACAUAUGGUGUUACUGUAAAAGUUUGUUUUUUAUUAUAUAUACAUUCAGAUAUGGCAAAAUUUAAACUCAAAAAACCUUCAAAACGUCAACCAGCACGUCUUCGAUACAAAAUAGAAAAAAAAGUGAAAGAGCAUAAUCGUAAACAACGUAAAGAAGCUAAAAAGAAUCCUAAAUCUAAGAAAACCAAGCCAAUUCAAAUUCCGAAUAUAUGUCCAUUUAAAGAAGACAUACUGAAGGAAGUUGAAGCUGUGAAAAAGCAUAAAGAGGAAGAAAGACAAAAGAGAAAAGAACAAGCAAAAUUAGACAAACAAAAAAAGUUAGAAGAGAAAAAGAAUGAAAAAAGUAGCACCAACCUGAACACAUUGGUUACAAAUGCACAAGCUCGAGGAAAAGUGCAUGAAGCCUUCAAUGGAGAUAGUCAACCUUCUCAAGACAUUGAAUUUGGAAAAGACAGGAAGCAGGAAAAUUCACUCAAAACAUAUUAUAGAGAAUUUAAAAAAGUCAUUUCUGAAGCUGAAGUAAUACUUGAGAUUGUUGAUGCAAGGGAUCCUUUAGGAACACGGUGUAUACAAGUAGAAGAGGCAGUUCGAGAAUCAGGGAAACGUCUUGUGUUAGUGCUCAAUAAAGCAGAUCUCGUCCCCCGGGACAAUCUGACAGCAUGGUUAAAGUAUUUAAGACAGUCUGCACCAGCAGUUCCAUUCAAGGCCUCUACUCAGGAUCAGCAACACAAUCUUGGAAGGAGAAAGAUGAAGCAUAUAGUCAAAGAGAAAGAAAUGAAGGGUUCAGCAUGUGUUGGUGCAGAGUUACUAAUGAGUCUUUUAGGCAACUAUUGUCGAAAUAAAGGCAUUAAAACAUCAAUCACAGUUGGUGUUGUGGGACUCCCAAAUGUCGGAAAGAGCUCUAUAAUCAAUAGUUUGAAUCGGUCCAAAGCUUGUAAUGUGGGAAGCACUCCUGGAGUAACUAAGCAAAUGCAAACUGUUCAACUAGAUUCAAAGAUCAAAAUCCUGGACAGUCCUGGUAUAGUAUUCCAAUCAGGCCCGGAGAGUGAUUCAACGGUAGCACUCAAGAAUGCUAUCCGCGUUGGCAGCCUGAAAGACCCAGUCACACCGGCUACAGCUAUCCUACAGAGGGCUAAUAAGCAAACCUUACAAGAUUUGUAUAGAAUACCAGACUUCAGUACACCUCAGGAAUUCUUUGCGCAACUAGCACAACGAAUGGGAAGGUUCAAAAAAGGUGGAGUUCCAGACCAAGAAGCAGCUUCUAGAAUAUUGCUCAAUGACUGGAACAUUGGUAAAGUACGCUAUUUCACGGAGCCUCCCGAGACAGCAGACACUGAGAUACACGUGGACGCCCAAAUCGUGGCUUCCAUCGCGAAGGAGUUCGACAUCAACUCCUUCGAGGCCAUGGAGACUGACAUUGUUAACUCACUAAACACAGAUUCCACUAAAAUUGAACCUAUAAAGAUCACGAGCACGGGUCCAGUCGCGGCGGUGUUACCGGACAAUAUGCAAGUCGACGAGGAGGAUUCCAGCAUGCUGCCCAAAGCACUGAACAUACGGAACAGACUCGACAAGACGGGCAAGUCCCAGGAGAAGACGAAGGCGGACCCGGAGAUGCUUCUAGAAGGGAACCUCAAACAGAAUAAACUGAGGAAAAUGCAAUUCAAAAAGGACAAGAAGAAGAAGGCGAGGUCCGACAAGCAGGCCGUCGACCUGGCGGGCGUCUUGGAGAACGUUACAUUGACUAAGUACCCGAAAGAAGACGCAAUAACCACGGACGACUACGAUUUCAAAGAAGAAUUCUCACUGUAGAUCACUUAGUACUCACCAUUGGAAUAUGUUAAUCACCAAUCAAUCUUCGAUACAUUUUUUACACCCGUAACCACUUAACACCAGGUGGGCUGUGAGCUCGUCCACCCAAUUAAGAAAAAAAAACAUGUCAUAAUUUAAAAUACUUCAUACCCGUAUUAAGGUCAAUGGCGAUCUCUAAUCGCGCACGAAAUUAUAAACAUGAAUUAUUGCAACUAAUGUGCCUCUAUUUGCCUAAACAUUCUGCUCAGUAAUCGUGAAGGCAUAUUUAAAAUAAAAUAAAAAAAGUGUAAUUUAAUAGGAUAAGGUUUACCAUACAUUUCGUAGGUUCUUCAAGAUAUUAUUCCCCAGCGUUUAAAAAAUAAAGAUUCUUAAAGAUAUGUAU